UAUUUGAACAGGCUGUACUGUAUAUAUAUAAAGUAACUUUUUUUUUUACCAUUCAAUAUUUAUUUCAGCACUCUGUGCACUCUCUACAUCUUUGCACUAUUUGUAUCCUGUUUACAGUUCACAGAAACAGAGAAACACAGAAAGUUUCACUUGCUCAUAGACAUUCCUUGUAUAUCACUCUUAAGAUUUUUGUGUUGUGUUGUGUGUAAAUACAUUGAGAGCCACUAAACCGGAAUUAUUCCUUGUAUGCGUAAACAUACUUACACAUACAGUAAAGAUGAUUCUGAUGUAAUUCUUACUGUAUGGCAGUUAUGAGCAUUAAUUGGGAUGUGGAAUAUAUUUGAAAGAGAGCAGUUCUUCUGAAUAAUGGUCUGACAGGCGUAUGCAAAGAAAUAACUUUGGAUUUAGUCAGAAGGAUGCAGUAUUUCACACUGAGCUGCAUAGUAUUAGCGUUCUUCUAUAACCAUGAUAUUAUCUCACAACUGAUCACAUGGCCUAUGUCUGAUACUAAAAUAAAUUCCUAUAAAAAAAACAUCUAUAAGAACAUAAUCAUAAAGCAUUUUUUAUCUCCCUGUGCCUAAAGGCAAUCAUAAUCAAUCAGGUCAAAUUCACUGUCAUACAUAAUUAAUCAGAGUGGGGCCGUGUCUAUUCUAAUUAUUCUUUGGGAGAUAUUCUUAACAACUCGUGUCAACAGCCAGUCAGCAGACUGAGAGUGAGUUCAUGUGGAGACUAUGAACUGUGACACACCCACCCAACAGCGUCAUGUGUACAUUGGUUACCAUGGAUACUCAGCUCAAGGGCUGUACUCCGAAAAGCUUGCAAUCAAAGCUUUGAGGCUUAUGAGAAAGAACAAGUGAGCAUUGUCAGUGGACAGGAGAGGUUCUCUGCAGCAAGGUACCGUAAGAGAAAGUGUCAUUCAAUGCAGACUCAACACUUUUAUUCUGAACAUGUGUUGUGUUUCUUUUCUUAGCUCUUACCAUGUUACAUUUCAACCAGACAUACUUGUAUUUUGAUAGGGAAAAUUAUGAGAAUUAUAUAAAGACACGUGGAAUAAAAUCAAUACAUUUGUGGAUUAUAAACACGCUGUAAUAACCAUGCAGUGUUUCAACUAGUUGUUGACUAUCAAGCAAGCAGUGGAAAAAACAAGACACAUGUUCUAAGAAUAGUCCCAUUGCUCAAGCUGCCACCUUUGUGUGAAAAUCUAUCCCUGUCACUUGGGUAGACGUAGGGAGAUGAGGAGUGUAGUCUCUCCCUUACAAAGGGAUGUGAUUGCUCAGAUUUAGGAAGACUCUCUAAGAUGUUUAGACCCACGUGCAGGAGUUCAAGUCCAUUUUCUCUCACGGAUCUCGAUAUGUGGGACACCAAAUCUCGCUUCACAGCCCAGUCCUCAGCAUGGUGUGGUAUGGCAGCUGUUUCUGGGUCAGGGUUUCUGUCCAAAGUCAACACAAGCACAUCUGGCAGCACUAGUGGCUUCAGACAGAAUGGUCCAGGUAUGAGGAGAUGGCAGUCUCUGUCCUAUCUGGCACCUGAGGGUGCUCCACGGUCUUUUCUAGGGGCUGAAUUGCGGGCUGCUCAAGGUGAAAGUAGCUAUAGACAAUCAGAGCUGAUGGAAUGGAUGCGGGAUGUUUAUGAGCGUCUGGACACCCAGCUGGACCUGCUGAAGUCAAGAGACGCACAGUUGAACUAUAACAUAAGUACUGCACAGCUGCUUGACAUGAAACAUAAGCAGCAGGCAGAGGCGAUGAGCGCUCUUGAGCAGGAGAAUGAGGCAGCUGAAUUAUCCCCAUUUGAAAAGAGCUGGCAGCGUAGAGAGCUCCGUAAAAAUUCACUCUCAAGGUUCCAACAGAUGGAAAAGGACCUGCUGCAGAUGAGGUCUACCUUGAACAGAGGAAGCCAUGUUCAAUCUGUUUCUCCUGAAAAAACUUCUGUCUCACUAAGUACAUUACCAAUGAAUCAAGAAGACUUAAACAUACAGGAGAAGCAGAAGUCUGACACAGAGAUGUGCAAGCUGAGAGCAGCUCUGAGAGAGUCUGAAGCAAGAGCAAAGACACAAGAAGAAGAGCGAAACAAUGCACUCCAGAAACUCCAGACCUCUACAGAGGUGCAGAGGACACUGCUGAAUCAAAUGGAGGAGAUGAUUCAGAGGCUUAACAACACUAUGCAGAACCACUCUGAUGUACAAGAACAGUUGAGUGAAGCCAACAACAAGAUCAGCCAAGCAUGUCUGGAAAAAGCCAUCUUGUCCACUCAAGUGCUAAAGCUGGAGGACAAUAUAAAAGAACUGAAAGCCAGUUUCUCAGGGGCUCUGUCUGACAAAGAACACUUGAUCCAGGAGGAGAAAGCAGAUCUGCAGCAGAGGGAAAAGAUCCAACAAGGCUCAGAGAGUUGUGAGCUCCAUGUUCAUCAGGCUGAUUCUCACAACAGCAAACAGGAAACUGUCCUGAUGAAGGAAGAAACAAAGGCUCUCAGAGAGGUAAAUGAAAAGCUUACAUGUGAGCUUGAAAUGGUCAAACAGAGACUGGAGAUGUCACAGUCCCAGCUACAGGAGCAAACAUCAGAAAAAGUCAUGAACACAAAACAGAUCGCAGAUCUGAAGGCAGAACGCUCUCAGCUGAUCACAGAAAGAGAGGAGCUUCUCAUCAAAAUUAAUGAUGGACACAGAGAGCUAACAGAUUUGAAGGAAAAGUGCCAUCAGCUUGGGGAAUCGUUGGAAGCUUUAGAAUUAGAAAAACAGAAACUGCAGGAUAGUUGUCUGUCUUUGGAGGAUGAGGUCCUUGCGAAGGAGGAGAAGCUCCACCAGCAGGAGGACGAAUAUCAGAGGCAAGAUGCAGCGAGGGUCCAGAAAAUCGAGGAGCUGAGAGCUGUGGCCUCAAACUGGACUGAGAAAUGGCAAAAGGUGGCUUUAACCCUGCAGUCCACACAGGAGGAGAUAGAAGAGCUUAAGAAGAACAACUCCAGAAAUAAAAAUGAAUCUGACUUACUGCUAAGGGUUGAGCUUGAAGCAUGCAAACAGGAGCUGGAGUUGGAAAGGAGCAGGGGUCAAGCGCUGUUUCAGGAUAAAGGUAAAGGGGGUGAAGCUGUGCAAACUCAGGACAAGGGCACAGUGACAGACCUCAACAUAUCAUCACAGACUGAAUCCUCUUUGUUAUGGAACCCACCAUCCGUCUCCAGCAGUCAAAACAAAAGCGCUCAGGAAACUCUGAAGAGUUUAGAAAGGCUGAGAGGGACAGAAAAAACUGAGGGCCAAAUCAAUACUUCUGCUCUGGAGCUCAAGAUGAAAAAGGCUUCUGGAGACAAUCAAGAUGAAGGGGGCUUGACCUCUGACACACUGAGGGCCCAGCUAGAAGAGAGCAGGAGGAAGGCAAACCACCUGGAAGAGGAGAAAACACUGGCAGUCCAGAGGCUUCAAACACUAAGGCAGCUUUACCCGGUUAAAAAUGAGAACUCAUCUGUUGAUGGCAGGAAGUAUAAAACUGUCUCCCCAGUUAAUGUAGAAGUGGACCAACAGAGGAGGAUGGUCACUGAGCAGUUAAAGAGUCUUUUUAAGGAGCGAGAGGCAAAGGAGAUUGCUCAGACUGGAGCCAGGCCACUCCAAGACUGGACUCCAUCUUCGAAUAAUAUCAAGAGUGCAGUGGAGAGGAGGAGCUGGCAUCAGGGCUCUGGUUUGAUGCCGGUGUUUGAAGAGGACGAAGAGAGCGACGACUGGUCAGGAAGGGAGGAGGGAGAGCCAGCAGAAGAAGCACAAGCUGAGACAAACAUCCACAGCCAGAGCCUCCAGAUGUCAGCUAUGAGUGCAGAAAUCAACAAUCUGAAGACAAAAAAUGACAAUCUUCUGCAAGCCAUAAGGCUCACGCAGCCAAUCCGUGACUUUCCAGCUACUGCCGAAAAAGAUUCAGACAAGUCCUCUGAUGUUGGAGUGCCAAGCCUAUCUCACUUUUCAGAUGAGAUUAACCUGCAGCGGAGGUCACCUUUCCUCUAUCCUGAUGGAAUAUUCCUGGCUGAGCUUGUAGAUAUCUGUAGCCCUGAUGAAGAAGGAGAGGAUGAAGACUGAGCCUUUUGCCUUGAACAAAAUAGUUGAGGCUUCUGCUAUAAACAAGUCAGUACACUGACAGAGGGCUGCACCAGCCAGCUUUAUGCCUAAGAAGAAUCUAGCAGUUUUUUUAACUCAAAUUUUUCCCAGUUUGGGAUCAAAAAAAGUACAUCUAUCUUUUCUCUUAUAUUCUUGUACUGAACUAUUUUAUUUAAUUUAUUUUGUUGGGUCUAUUUUUCUAUAGAUAUAUAUUUACUAUAGAGAUAUAUGCAUUUACUGUUCUCAUGCAAUGCCUGGAUAACCUGCUGAUGUGACACAAGAAUUUCCCAAUUUGGGAUAAAUAAAGUAUCUAUCUAUCUAUCUAUCUAUCUAUCUAUCUAUCUAUCUAUCUAUCUAUCUAUCUAUCUAUCUAUCUAUCUAUCUAUCUAUUUAUAAUCUCUACGAGUUAAAAACAAUCCUCAAAGAUGGUGGAUGAAUGACGGAUGCCCUUUCACCCUACGUAAAAGGAUUUUAAUGUUUUUGCAUGUUAGUUUAACAGAAAAUGAUGAAAAGUAAAAUACAACAGCAACAGUUUGAACAUUUUUACUGAUGGUCAUGUUAAUAAAA